GAACCAACAAAGCUGAAACCCACCUGAUAAGCUCUCUGCCUUUGACUCCAGCUCUGGAAACAAACACAUCAUUUUACUGCUCUUAAAACGUGAAUAGAGUUGUACCUGAAGCUACAAGCUGCUUUGCUCCAUAAGAAGGACCCCAAAGGAUCCAGACAGCAUUGUUUUUCACCCUACCUGAGGAGUUUUUGCUUUCAUGCCUGAAACUUGAUGGUUUCAGGAAGGAGCUUCCGGUUUAUUUGAUUUUUAAUUGCAAUGUUGAAAAGAUUCUUGUUGAUGCUUGAAAUGGAGCCCGAUUUUUAAAUAUGGGUUGAGUCAGAUCUAAAGGAGACAUGCCCGACCGUUUCCUGCUGGACUGACCGGGGAACCUCUAGAGGGAAACUUGGUGGGAGAAAAUGAGAUCUGAUUUGCAACUAGCAGCCACGCUUUAUUUUGAGAAUAUUUACAGGCUCGCUUGAAAGGGAAAUUGAGUAUUGACCAAGGAAAAUGUCCGUAUUUCUCAGUAAUUCAUCAACAAAUGACUCUAGCCUAUGGAAACAAACUCAUAAUUCGACAGACCUUGUAAGCCCGCCGGGAGCGCUGAAUAUCUACGUUUUUUGCCUGACAUGCUUACUAACUCUUGCAGCCCUGGCAGGCAGCGUUUACUCACUAGUUUCCCUGCUGAAAAUGCAGCACAGAACUGUUGUGUCCAUGCUUGUGGCUUCCUGGUCUGGGGAUGAUCUCAUGAGCGUCCUCUCGGUGACCAUCUUCCUGUUUUUGCAGUGGCCAAACGAGGUCCCCGGCUAUGUCCAGCCUCUGUGCACCACCUCUGCCUUACUAUAUUUGUGCCAGGGCCUCUCAAGCAACUUGAAGGCGACGCUCCUAGUCUCCUACAACUUUUACACGAUGCACAGGACUGUAGGGAGCCAGGCAGCCCCUAGAAGAUCCGGCCAGGUGCUUGGCGUGGCGCUGACCGUGUGGGUAGCCAGCCUGCUGCUCUCGGCGCUCCCGCUGUGUGGCUGGGGCGCCUUCGUGCGCACGCCCUGGGGCUGCCUGGCGGACUGCUCCAGCUCCUACGUGCUGCUCCUCUUCGCUGUGUACACUUCGGCCUUCGGACUCCUCGCCGGCCUCUCAGUGCCGCUUACUCACCAGCUGCUGUGUUCGGAGGAGCCGCCGAGACUCUAUGCCAACUACCAGGAGAUUUCCCGCGGAGCUUCCACUCCCGGGACCCCUCCAACUGGGGAGAGAGUGCUCUCCCUGUGUCCAGAUGAUGCUCUGCGCCCUGCCCUGCGUUGCUCUGCGGGGUGCUCCCCAAGCUCGGACACUGUGUCUGGGCCGGGUCAGUCCGUGAGGGCCGGAGCCUGCAGGCGUGAGAACCGGGGGACCCUUUAUGGCACCAGGAGUUUCACCGUGAGCGUAGCGCAGAAGCGCUUCUCUCUGAUCCUAGCGCUGACGAAAGUCAUCCUUUGGCUGCCCAUGAUGGUAAAAGCGCAGUUGCUUACGAUCCACAUGGUGGUCCAGCAUGUGGUGGGGUUUCAGAGCCUUCCCUUCGAGACACUCAGCUUUCUGCUAACCCUCCUGGCCACCACGGUGACCCCAGUGUUUGUGUUGUCGAAACGCUGGACCCACUUUCCCUGUGGCUGCAUCAUCAACUGCACGCAGGAGGCUUGUGCAGUGGCAUCUGACGGCCAAAAAACCAAGAGGAGAGCCUUUGAAUUCAAUCUAUCCUUUGAACGAAGUUAUGGAAUUUAUAAAAUAGCACAUGAAGAUUACUAUGAUGAUGAUGAUGAAAAUUCUACAUCCUUUCAUAACCUCAUGAACUAUGAGUGCAAAACUACAAAAGACUCUCUAGACACUCAUAAUAUCUUCAAUGCCAUAAAAGUGGAAAUCAGCACUACGCCCUCUCUGGACAGCUCCAUGCUAAAAGGCAUCAACAAAUGCACGAGUACUGAUAUGACAGAGGCUAAACAGGAUUAUCAUAAUGAAAAGGGCAUUGAUCCACUGCUCCUUAAAAAAACAGAAGGUGAUAUUCACUAUGAAGAAACUGCCUUUUUGGAAGGACCAGAAAGAAGGCUUUCUCAUGAGGAGAGUCAGAAGCCAGACCUUUCAGACUGGGAAUGGUAUAGGAGUAGAUCAGAAAGAACCCCUCGUCAGCGUUCCGGUGGUGCGCUGGCCAUCCCUUUGUGUGCAUUCCAGGGAACUGUGUCUCUCCAAGCCCCGACAGGCAAAACCCUAUCUCUUUCUACCUAUGAGGUAAGCGCAGAAGGACAAAAAAUAACCCCAGCCUCGAAGAAAAUAGAAGUCUACCGAUCCAAAAGUGUUGGCCAUGAGCCAAACUCAGAAGAUUCUCCGUCCACCUUUGCGGACACCAGCGUGAAAAUACACUUGGAGGUUCUAGAAAUUUGUGAUAAUGAAGAGGCCUUGGACACGGUGUCAAUCAUUAGCAACAUCAGCCAGUCCUCCCCGCAGGUCAGAUCUCCAUCCCUACGCUACUCACGGAAAGAAAACCGAUUUGUUUCGUGUGACUUAGGGGAAACAGCCUCUUACUCUCUCUUUCUACCCACGAGCAAUCCUGACGGUGAUAUCAACAUCUCCAUUCCGGACACCGUCGAAGCACACAGGCAGAACAGUAAAAGGCAACAUCAAGACAGGGGCGGCUACCAGGAGGAAAUCCAGCGGCUAAAUGAAGCAUACAGGAAAAGAGAGGAGGAAAGCCAGGAUAGCUCGUGAUCACUCAGUUUAAUAAAGGCAAGAAUGACUGCAACUUCAGGCUGCUAAACUAACACCUUUGUUGUGAGGCGAUUGGAUUUCCUUUUUUUAUUUGUCGAUUUACAUGAGCUUUAUGGAUGUGCUAGUUAUUUUUAGUGCAAACAGCUGGAACUAGUGCAAACACUUAAGUGCUUUUGAUGUGUUACCUAGAUAGAUCACACACUGUGGCAAUUAAAAGACGUUUCUUACCCAAUUUCUAAAAAUCUUUUCUAAAUCAAAUCUUGGCCUAGUUUACUAACAUUGUUGCCUAUGUUUGUCAAUCUCAGAGUAAACAAAAAAUUGUAUAAACUCAAUGAGUGUGCUGCUCCCAUGCACGUGUUUCUACAUAAUGUUGACCUUUAAACUGAAAGUGGAAAAAAAAAAAAAGACACUUUGGGAAUGGCAGAAAUGUAGCAAAACCCUGAGUUGUAUUUGAAGAGGCUUGCCGAAAUGUGGCUAGCAACGCAAUCUUACCACAAUCACAGCUUCAGCUUUACAGUGAUGCCUAGGAAAUAUAUUCUUGUGUAAAAUGGCAAAUUAGCUUCCAACUUCAAAUCAUGCAUGUCCCUAGUCUGUAAAUAGUUGUUUCCUUCAUUCUAUAAAAUACAAAUUGUUUACUGAAUGUUUUCUUUCUUUCUUAAAUAUAACUGUUUUCCUUUCAUCUUUCCAGUAUGUCAAGAUUGCCCUUAAAACAAAUUUGUUGUGUGUUACAAGUGGAAUUAGAAGUAGCCCUUCAUCAUUUCUAGAAUUGCUUGGUUUAUUUGGAUGGAAAUUGGGGAAAGCACUGCCAGAUUAAAUUCUUUGAAGUGUGCCCAAUACAGUAACUUCUGGGGAAAGCAGAGGAAAAUCCUGUAAGUCCAAAACGGAAGUAUCUGUUUCUAAGCUGCAGAAUUGGCAGCCUUUCCUAGCCAUUCUUAAAGCCCAGGAAAUUUUAUCUCAACUACUAUUCCAAGUUUAGGUGCUUUGUAGUUUUGUUCCCAAAGAUAUGUGUAUCUCAAGCAAAGAAAUAAUCCAAUACAUUUUAUUAAAUGAUUGUAAGGUAUAUAUUUCAAGAUUGAUGGAAAUCAAGAUUUGAAGGACACAAGAAUUGGAUUGGAAAAUAGUAAUACCGCUUUUCCCUCCUGUGGUCCAUUCUCCCCCUCCCCCACCUGCACCGGACUUGGGCCUAUACUGAGACAACUAAAAAAACUAGGAUGAUCCCAUUUGAUUGCCCUUGAUUGUUGAAUUAACUAUAUAAUGGAUACAAUUAAAAGGGUAAUUUAAACCCAAAGCCAUAGUUUGAAAGGCUAAUCAACACCACAUUACUAGCCAGUAACACUUCAAACUCCAAACCAAGAGUAGUUGAAUAUAUAAGAAACCUCUAAGGGUCUGUGCCUAAGCACAAAUGGUUCCUCCUCCCAAGCUUUGUUAAGAGAGAUGGUUAGGCUACACCAGUAUAAAGUUUACUUACUAUUUAAUGUGAUAGUGAUUGUAAAAUAUGUUUCUGGUAUAAUAUCCUUAUAGAUAUAUUGUGCUAUAUUUAAAUAUCUUACCCUCACAUUGUUAUAUUGUUCUUAUUAAUAAAUACUAUAUUUCAUA